AUAUCGAAAUGUGGUAUUUUUAAAAUUAUUUUCAUUUCGAUUAAAAUAAUAUCCUGUGAAGUGUACAAAUAAUUCCUACAAAAUGCGUUAUGCUCAGAUUGUAAUGGGCCCAGCUGGCAGUGGAAAGUCCACAUAUUGCGCCUUCAUGCAACGCCAUGCUGAAGACAUGAAAAGAUCAAUCAGCGUUGUUAAUCUCGAUCCAGCUGCAGAACACUUUGAUUAUCAACCCAUUGUAGAUAUAAGAGACCUCAUCCAACUAGAUGAUGCUAUGGAAGAUGAAGAACUUCACUAUGGACCCAAUGGUGGAUUAGUUUUCUGCCUGGAAUUUCUUAUUCAAAAUCAAGAAUGGCUAAAGAGUCAACUAUGCGGUGGAUCAGAUGACGAAGGAGAAGGUGAUCCCGAUGAUGAUUACAUUAUAUUCGAUAUGCCUGGUCAAAUCGAGUUAUUUACACAUUUAACUAUGGGCAAAGAGUUGGUCAAUCUGUUGGAAUCAUGGAACUUUCGUUUGUGUACAGUAUUCUUAGUUGAUUCACAAUUUAUGAUUGAUGGGGCUAAAUUUCUAUCGGGUACGAUGGCUGCACUGAGUGUUAUGGCUAAUUUGGAAAUGCCUCAUGUAAAUGUACUGUCGAAAAUGGAUUUACUUAGCAAGACUGCAAGAGGGCAAUUGGACAAAUAUUUAGAUCCCGAUGCAAGAGCUUUAUUGGGAAAUAUAACAGAAGAAUCUUCGUGGGGUAGAAAACAUAGGAAGUUGUCACAGGCAAUUGGAUCGUUGAUAGAAGAUUUUAGUUUGGUUCGUUUUGUUCCGCUGAAUGUGGAUGACGAGGAGAGUGUUCAAGACUUGUUGAUGCAAAUCGAUAAUGUUAUACAGUAUGGUGAGGAUGCUGAUGUUAAAAUACGUGAUUUUGAUCCUCCAGAAGAGGAUGAUGAUAAUAAUUGUGAUGAAUAAAAUUAUAUUAUUUUUUUAUAAACCAGAGUUGUAAAAUAAAUU